GCGUCUGUCAGUGAAACAGUGUGUAGGAUAAGUAUGUAAGUGGAAGACGUUCUGAUGAUGGCUUCUCGGUCCUGGUUUGAUCGUACCAAUGAUGACGUUACGGCCUGGUGGUUUAGGGACCUAAUCCGUCGAGGGGUGAUCUCAGACCAAGCCGAUUCAAACCAACGCGAACGCCAGCGACGACGGCCAAACCGUUUCAAACGAUGGCUACUGUUGGAGAGGAGGAGGGGGCUACGUAAACAAAGUUAUUUCGCUCUUGUGGUUGAAGUUGGCCUCUCUCUGGCCGUUAUAGGGCUCCUGAUAGGCUUAACGCUACACGUGAUAGGACCUGUACUGUUUGGUAUCGGCUGCUGUCUGCUGAUUCCGAGCGCCUUCUGGUUUGUUUGGGAGUUCAGUUAUCGUACUACGGAGGAGCUGGAAGUAAGCCACAGGCCACGCGAAGACGACGAAGAAGAAGAGAAUGAAGAUGAAGGGAGUGAAAGAAGUGCAACAGAAGACAAUGUAGAGAGGGCCUUCCAAGACCUCGAACCUCCGGACGACUUCACCCGACACUCCAGCUACCCCUCACUCACGACGCUAGCGAAGGACUUCCGUGUCGUUUCUUGUGUGUCGGCUUUACUGGCUUGCCUUCUCAUUAUCAUCAGCCUGACUUCUGCGAACGACAACGCGCUUGUGGAAGUCGUCGUGUUCGGGAUAGGUUUGGGAUGUUUUCUCCCAGGCAUCAGCUUCUUGGUUUACCUAGCCUGGUGUGAGAGUUGCGCUCCUGCAUCUACCAUGACCGAACAUGUCCAUUUUCCCUACAGGCCUAUUCCCUUUUUACCCAUAAGAAGAGACGAUCUAUCAAACGGUCGUUCCUCCGAACCCAUCAUAGCGAGCAAUAAUGGUACCAGCAGCACAGACCUGCGUUCCUGA